UUUUCUCUUAACUUUGUCCAACUUCUAAAACAGCUUCCCCUGAUUAACAUUUAAUUCAAAUUGUUUCCAACAUAAGAUACUCAUGUAACAUCUUUUUGCCUUAAAAACUUAUUCUUUUUGCAAUUUUGCAUCAAUUCCAUUUCCAUUCAAAACGUGCAUUAAUCAAGCAAAUUAACCACCCCCGCACGCUCUAAAUAAUGAAGAUAAAUCUACCUAAGAAAAAGCAACAUCGAACCAAUGAAAUCUCAAAGGCGGACUUAAUUCCACUACUCCUCACAUUAUUGGUUCUCACGAGCACAAAGUGACUUAACUACCGUCUCUUUUCAGCGUGCGUGCGUAAGCUCCGUCAAAGCUUCCUUUCAUUCUCAUACGAACCGUGUUGGAGUGCGCGUUAUUCAAAAAAAGUUUUUUUCUAAGUGUGGUAAAAUGUUGUCGCGUGCGUUAAAUGCAACAGUGACGUCGACGGUACCUGAAACGAGCCCUAAACAAAGUAGUACUGCCGAUGGUGAACAAUUGGACAAAACCGAAAUCAACGAAGCUGUUACCAAAGUUUUGCAAGGGUACGAUUGGACAUUGGUACCAAUCGCUUCAAAGGCAGCUUCAGACAAACGAAAACUUCACGUUAAACGACCGAUGAACGCUUUUAUGGUAUGGGCUCAGGCUGCAAGAAGAAAAUUGGCCGACCAAUAUCCGCAGUUGCACAAUGCCGAAUUGUCGAAGACACUUGGAAAGUUGUGGAGAGUGCUCAGCGAAAACGACAAGAAACCGUUCAUCGAGGAGGCGGAGAGGCUAAGGGUGAUCCAUAAACGCGAACAUCCCGAUUACAAAUACCAACCUAGACGUAGGAAACCGAAUAAUAAAUCAACCGAUAAUCACCAUCAAAAUAAUAAUAUGACUUUUUCACGUUCAUUCAAACAAGAAGACUCGCCUUGUAGUCCUAGAAGCCACAGCUCUACAAGCCCAUCGACCUGCUCCUCGCAACCAAACAGUCCACAAAUAACCGCACAUCCUUUAUUAAAAUCUUGCGAUUCUCACAAUUUGGAUUUGGAAACUUAUCAUAGAAUGUCCGAAAUCGAUUCAAGCUACGGCAUAUACAGCACAGAAGAAGGCUUAGACAGUAGCGACUUGGAUCAGUAUUUGCCAGCAAACACCGAAGCCUCAUAUGCAGGUUUCAGUGGAGGCUUCAAGCAUUCGCAAGAGGAAGAAGGCAACAAUAAUUACAAAGCAAAACGGCCUUGUUUAGAAGAAACCUUCGACGAUCCGAAUAAUGCUUACAGCAGGUACCACGAGUUACAAUCUUCUGCUAGUAAGCAUGCGAAUACUGGGUUGUACACUUACCAAAGUACCAUGACUUCUGGUAGUUGUUAUGCUGGUAAUAGCCAGUACGUUCCGUAUCAGUAUAUGCAGCAAAGGAAUUUGUUUGCUAGUACUAAUCCAGCUGUAGGUGGUACGUUUAGUACUGUAGAUGCUGUGCCGAAUGAUAGUUGGACAUCACAUUAUAAUAUGUGAUUGGGUUAUGUACAAGUUCAAAAAUCUGUUCUAUUUAGGUAGAUUUUGAUUAGUGUUUAAGUUGAAAUUAAGAAGACUUUUUUUUAAGCACUGUUUUAAGUGUUGUAUAAACAUUUUUUUAUAUAAUUCCGAU